UUCGGGGCACAAACGUGGGAGGCGAAGCUCACGUUACUCAGUGUGUUGUGAAACUUCUGUAGCGACAGGUUGUGAAUGUGCCUCUACUAUAUAAUGGAGUAACUUGUGCAUUCGUGAAUAUUGGAUUACUUUUGAAACCAUGUCUCGGACCAAGUUUAUAAGCUUUCUAGUGUCAGUUAUUCAUAGUAUAUCGCCAGCAGUGGAGCUCUAAUCGAGUUCAAUGUCGGGCCAAUAUGGCCGCCGUGUUGUUGUAUGUCUGUUCUGCUUUCGUUGUUUGGGUGUGUUGUUUCAAACACACUGUACAAGCCGAAAGUGUAAAAUGCCCAUCUUCGUGCACAUGUCUUGGAAGUGUUGUUGAUUGCAGUAAAAUCGGACUAGUGAACAUACCGAAAGAUAUCCCAAGAUGGGUUACACGACUAGAGAUAGUGUCUAACAGUAUUGUGGAAAUAAGGCAUGAUGAUUUAAAGGGACUGCAUAAUCUCCAGUAUCUGGAUCUGAGUAAAAACGAGUUGAAAUCUAUCGAUGGAUCAGCUUUUAGCGAUCUGACAAGUUUAACUCAGCUGAGACUGGAUUUUAAUCAGUUGACGGAGAUCCCGAGGUUUUCGCGACAUCUGAACAUCACAGAGCUCUCCAUGACUGACAACCAUGUGGUCAGCAUCUCUAUCUCAGCCUUGUCCCAGCUACCUCACCUCCAGAGUCUGGACCUCAGCAACAACCUCAUCUUGAGCAUCACUAAUGGAAGUUUUCCUGGCCCCAGUAAACUCACUCAUCUCAACAUGGACAACAACCAGAUAGCUGCUGUGGAGAUGGGAAGCAUGGCCAACCUAACAGCUCUGCUCACCCUCAAGCUCAACAAGAACAAGCUCACGGAUAUCACACCUGGGGCCUUCAUAGGCAUGAACGUCUUGAAAACUUUGGAGUUGAUGAGGAACAAGAUCAAGAUUAUUAGGUGGAAGACAUUCCAUGGACUCAAAAGGCUGACCUCUUUAAAGCUCAAGAAAAAUGAGAUCUCGAUUCUUCGUGAUGGCGCCUUCUAUAACUUGUCUGUUUUGAGAAACUUACAAUUGGACAAUAACAAUUUGGUCAACAUCACAAAGGCUUGGAUCUAUGGUUUACAGAGGCUGAAGAUAUUAUCCCUGACUUACAAUAAAAUAGACCACAUAGAAGCAGAUGCCUGGGAACAGUGCAAGAAUCUUGAAAAACU